ACAUAUUUAAGAGCAAUCCCUAAAAUAAGCUGGAAAAACGGAUGGACGGUGUGGAUAUACAACACAUACAUCGAGGUGGGUUCCACGGUCUCCUACCUGGCUAAAUCCGGGUCGCAGGAAAUCCGCGUUCGUUUCACGUUGUUCACUUCCCUACUCACAACAAUCAAAGCAGCUACCACCUUUCUCUGAUAUAAAGGGCGUUUCUCCUACCACCGCCAGCAGCACCACCAACGCCAUGGCUGAAAAAGAAGAAGUGAGCAUGGACGCUGUCCAGAGACGUCUCAUGUUCGAAGACGAAUGUAUUUUAGUGGAUGAAGAAGAUCGUGUAGUUGGUCAUGACUCCAAAUACAAUUGUCAUUUGAUGGAAAAAAUAGAAUCUGAGAAUCUGCUACAUAGAGCUUUUAGUGUUUUCCUAUUCAACUCAAAAAAUGAGUUGCUUCUUCAGCAACGUUCUGCAACAAAAGUAACAUUUCCUAAAGUGUGGACCAAUACCUGUUGCAGCCAUCCACUUUAUCGUGAUUCUGAGCUAAUAGAUGAAAACUUCCUUGGGGUAAAGAAUGCUGCACAAAGGAAGCUUUUCGAUGAGUUGGGGAUCCCUGCUGAAGAUUUACCAAUUGAUCAAUUUGUCCCCGUUGGUCGUAUGCUGUACAAGGCCCCAUCCGAUGGCAAAUGGGGAGAGCACGAAUUGGAUUAUCUGCUCUUCAUUGUCCGAGAUGUUCAUUUGCAUCCCAACCCCGAAGAAGUUGCUGAUGUGAAGUAUGUGAACCGGGAUCAAUUGAAAGAGCUGUUGAGGAAAGCGGAUGCUGGUGAAGAGGGUGUCAAGCUGUCUCCGUGGUUCAAACUGGUUGUGGAUAAUUUCCUGCUGAAGUGGUGGGACCAUCUUGAACGUGGAACCCUUGCAGAAGCCAUCGACAUGAAAACCAUUCACAAAUUGAUUUAGAGCGGUUUUGAUGCUGCUGCAGGAUUUGAGUUUUAAUAAGUCGGGUUCAACAGCUGCUGCAGCUGUUGCCAGUUUCCUGUCUCAUUAAUUGUAUUGCUUUGUGUUUGAUUUGGAAAAAUAUCUCUGGAGAAAAAGAAAAGUAUAAAAAAAAAAGUUGAAACUUGAGGCUGGAGUGAUUUCUGGUUUGGUUGGUUUGUUAUCAGGAUUGUAAUCUUGUUAUCUGGAUAGGCUUUUGUGAGGUUAAACGAUUGUCAUUGUAAUACAUAAUAGCCUAAUAAAAUAUAGAUCUGUUUACUAGUC